CCGGGCUGCGGCGGAGACCAGAGGAUGGGUCCGGGUCGCUGAGCGAGAUCUCGGAGCUGCUCGCUCGCCCGGCGGCGGCGGCGGCAUGAAGGGCGCCCUGGCGAGCCCCGUGGCCGCGGCUGCCAGGGCCGGCUCGGCGAUGCAGGAGAGUUUCGGCUGCGUCGUGGCCAACCGCUUCCACCAGCUGCUGGACGACGAGUCGGACCCGUUCGACAUCCUGCGCGAGGCCGAGCGCCGGCGCGAGCAGCAGCCGCCGCCGCCGCGCAAGAGACGCGACGAGGCGGCGGGCACCCGCGGCUGCAAGAGCCCAGCCGGGGCGCCGGCGGGUCACCGAGCCGGAGCCGCGGCCGGCGGCCGGCGGGAGUCCCAGAAGGAGCGCAAGGGCCCCCCGGCGCCGGGCCCUCAGCGGCCGGUCAGUCCCGGCCAGAAGCGAAUUCCCAGAAGAGGGGAGCAGCAGGGCUGGAAUGGGAACAAGGGAACAGAAGUGGCUCUUGAAAAAGUAGAGCGGAGAUCAUACAAAGAAUUUCGACCCUAUGAAACUGAGAGGCAAGUGGACUUCACUCCAGAGAAGUUUACAGAUGAAAAGCCAGUUGACAAGUUUGAUGGAGAAAGACCUCUGAGAGGGCAUGGCAGCCUAAGAGGGGACAAUCAAAGCAGAGGAAGAGGUGGUCCUGGAAACAGAGCUUAUGAUAGCUUUGACCAGAGAGGGAAACGAGAAUUUGAAAGACACAAUGGGAGUGAUAAAACAGCUGUCCGAACCGAAGACAGCAUCGGUGGACGUGGAGUUCGAACUUGGGCCUCAGGGAAAGAAACCAAUGAUGUAGAGCCGCUGGAGCUGAUGGAAGAGAUCACAGUAGCAGAGGAGGUCCUGGGUCCCUUGGAGGACGAAUCUCCAGCCAAAAUUCCUAACUUGGAAGUAGAAGGAACUCAAGUUCAAGAGAUGACCUUGGAUGAGUGGAAAAAUCUUCAAGAGCAGACCAGACCAAAGCCAGAGUUUAAUAUCCGGAAACCUGAGUCUACUGUCCCGUCCAAAGCAGUGGUGAUCCAUAAGUCCAAAUACAGAGAUGAUAUGGUGAAGGAGGACUAUGAGGAUGAGGCCCAUGUUUUCCGGAAAGCAGCAAAUGAUAUUACCUCCCAGCUGGAGAUCAAUUUUGGAAGCCUCUCCCGUCCUGGGCGUGGAGCCAGAGGUGGCGCCCGAGGAGGCCGAGGAAGAGUCAGAAGGGCAGAGAACUAUGUACCCAGAGCAGAAGUGACACAAAACAUUGCUCCAAACCCGGAUGAUCCUGAAGACUUUCCUGCUCUGGCCUGAGAGAACCCUGUUUCCCUGGCAACAGAAAAUUACCACCACAGAUUCUGAACAAUAGAUGUUGCUUCCCCCACCUCCAUCUAGUGUGAAUUUAUGACAGUUUUUGGCAAGGGGGAGGGGUCGGAUCGUGAUGUCGGGAUCUGGUUUACUCCAGAAAAGCAGAGCAGUCUAGAACAUUUCCAAGAAGGUAGAGAAUGGUAAUUAUUUUUGUAAGGAAUUCCAAAUGAAAUUCAGAAAUUAUGUUUAAAAUAUGUAUAUAGAGCUUGUAUUGAAUCUUCUGCAAAACAUAGAAUUUGUAAGCUAGAAUCUAUUGUGCUUGUUAGCAAGUUAUAUAGGUAGCCGGAAAUAUAGUCAUUCAAGAAGUUUUCAGAGAACAUGAAAUGAAAAUUGUAUUUAUGUUUACUUGUAAAUGUGAUACUCUCAGAA